UUUAGUCUAAUCAAGGAUUUAGAACAGUAACUGACACAGAUAUUGUAAAUCAGGCAAAUCCAGAUCAUCACUUUCAUCCUAGUCAUAAUAGUCACUUACAGACCACCUUGCCGACCACAUAUAAUGUUCAAAAAAGAUUCCAAAAUGGAUAUCCGAAUGGAAUGAACAAUAAUAAUAACAAUAGAAACAACCGUAACAACAACAAUAAUAAUAUGGGUCCUAAGUAUACUAUUUUCGUAUCAUGGCCUGGUUCUGCGACAAAAGAACAAUUACAAGAGUUAUUUGAGAGUGAGGAUAUUGACGUUGCAGAUAUCCGUUAUACAGCUCAAAAACAAUUUGCCCAUGUUGAUUUAAAAACAGAACUUGCACAAACUAAGGCUAUUAGUCUUAACGGGGUGACAAAGAACGAGAAGCAAGGCACGUUAAGAGUUGAAGUUGGCAAACCUCGUUCUAGUAACCCUAACCCCACUGAAAAUGGGCAACGACCUCAAAAUCAAAAUAAAAAUUAUACUCGACCAAAUAACAAAAACCCCAAUGGCUAUAAUAACACAAGUUUACCACAAAAACAAAAUAAGUACCCUAACUACAACCCCAAUCAUAAUAAUUACAACAAUCACAACAAUCACAACAAUCACAAUCACAAUGGGGGAUUUCCACCUAGUUUUGUCCCUGCUGAUUCAGAAAAAGAUACUAAUAAUAAUUUGAGUUGGCAAAACAUUGAAGUUGCUAAACAACAAGAAUCUAGUUAAUUUUGUGUGGUUAUUUAUUUUAUGAUACAUGUAUUAGUAAACACUUUAUUACUUCAUUUAUAAUUUUUGCAUUUUCCCCCCUCUCUCGCCUUAUGGAAUUAUUUAAUUUAUAGCAUUUUAUUACUUUUUUAGAAUUACUCAGAUAUAUAUUAUUAUUUACAAAAAAUUAUCUUUAUAAUAUCAGAACAUUAUAUAUUACAUUACUUUAGCAUCUUUUUUCUGGAUUUCCUUUUUUUUU